UCUCUGUCCCAGUAGGCCCCCUCAAGUCUGAUUUAUGCCUUCAUCUCCCAAUAUCGCGCCAUAUGGAAGCCGUGAGAACUACUAGUAGUAUUCUGGGCUAUGAUCGAAGUCGUAAAUAGUUGGUUCGACGUUGUCUGGGGAGGGAUCCGGACAGUGGACAACUCUGUUAUUUGUCUCCGCUAUGAUUCGGCAUCUGAUCGGCCAUUCCUGGAUGGCUUCAUCCGAAAACUCCCCCCAGAUAUCCGCCAGAUGGUCUAUGAUGAGUUGUUGCAUGAAGACAUGAUCGAAUAUUUCAUUGACUGCCUUUCUGAGGCGCGCGGACUCCUUUGGGAUCCAGUGAUACAACAUAGCAUGCCCACAUUCAUGAAACCCCGCUAUGUUGGAAGGCAGAUUGCAACCGAGCUCGCAGAAGCUGCCUACAGGAAGAUGUUCAAGUACCAAGCCGAGGCCUACGUUGACGGAGAGGACGACAGAGAUAACAUCAGGCAGUUUCUAGCAAUCGAUCUUUUUGGCGUGGGCGUCACACCGAUCAGAUUCCUCCGCAGCUUUCGCAUUCAAUGGGAUGUUCAACGCCUCACGAAGAGCAAGUUAGAGCGGUGUCGGUGGGAUCUUCAGGCCCUGCGUCUUCUUGAACCAUGUUUGGGGCUUGAUGUCACGGUCACGCUUAUUACACCGAUCAACAAGUUCCGGUUGCUGAGGCUCGGGGCGCUCUUAGAGGCAUUCGCACCCGUUCAGGAGCACUUCGAGAGACGUGGGAUUCGGUACCGCAUAGUGGCGUUUUAUUUGGGACUAGAGAUAGACGUGAAGCGGUAUUUCCGAGAUGAGAAACAGGAGUGGUACGAGUGGCUCUAUGCAACCAUUGAGAAGGUAAUUCCUACAUCCCAACCUCCAAAGGUAAUGGCGACGAGCGUGACAGUUGAUGCCAUCCAGCGGGAGCGACAACAGUACGUCGAAUGACCUGAGAAGACAGCGAUUAGACAGGACAUCGUGGCACUGCUGUCCACUGUCACGGUGGGAUGCUCGGGGUGAAAAGCCAAACUUGACGACGGGACAGAAUAUGUCACCGUAUCUUAUAAAAGCAGUGAUUUAGAUGCCGGAGCUACGAGACCCAAGACGCAUGACCCAAAUACAAGUCUAAAGCAACUAU